CUUUCUUUUGACGAAAGGAUGAAGUCUCUAUCUGUCAGGGAAGCCGAGAUAUUGCAAAAUAAAAGAGGUCUUAAACUUUUCAAUAGCACUGUAGAUAUAAAAAUUAAACCGGUCCUGAAAGGGUUAAAAAUGACUGUUGUACAGUUACUCUGGCAUAUAAGUAGGAUUAUGCUUGAAAAACUAGAUUCUUAGUAAUCCAAUUGCGCUUUAGCGCAAACUCUUAGUCGCAGUAUCAUCGUCAAUAUGAAAUGUAGGAAUUACAGUUGUUUAGUUAAUCAAAGGUGCAACCAAAGAUUGUGUCACAGUAUUGUAGGUACGUGCCCUAGCCACGGCUAUGCAUUAAAGCAGGUUUCUAGCAAAAUAUCUUGACCUUAGAGGAAUUAUAAUCUUUAGUUAUGCUAUUGUUUUAAUUACGAACACAAAUGAUAUGUAAUAAUUGAUUAAUUGUAUAUUUUCACAUUGUAGAAGAAAUAUCUGAUGUUUAUUACCGUCUUAUCUAAUCUAUUUUUUAAUUAAUAAUAAUGAUGAUCGCAUUUAAUUAACCAAAAUUGCAAAAAAGUAAUCAUCAAAUGGCAGCAGCGAUUCAAGGAGCAGGAAAACAACGAAGUGAGUUAUUCAUUCUUUUGUCAUCAAAGAUAGUUCAACAUCAUUACAAUCUUUAUCAUCUGUACGAAUUUAAACUAUAUUUGAAUGUUUCAGAACCCGAGUUAACUGGACGAAUUGAUAAUAUUGAUAACGAUGUCAAUGAUGCAAUUUUAUUACUAGAUGAAGAUGGAAUUAUAACGGCUUUAAAUGAGGAUAGAACGUUACGAAUAUGGCUUCGUCGUCAAACCGGUAAAUAUUGGCCAAGUGUAUGUAAUACAUUAGAAAGUUCUCCAACAAGUUUAUAUUAUUAUGACGCAUCACGUUUACUAUUUUGCGGCUCUGAUGCGGGUCUUAUUUAUGAAUUUACUGUAGCUGAAGAUUACAAUAAAAUUACACUUAAUCAAACUUAUUCAGGUCAUCCGGCUCGAAUUCAAGCAGUGCAUUAUUCAUCUGUUAAUAAUUUGUUACUAAGUGUUAGUCGUGGUAAAAAAUUUCAUUGGUAUUCAACACAAAAUGGGAGACUAAUGGGCACUUACGAUUUGGAUUCUUGGGGAAUGGCAAUUCAAUUUGAUGAACUAACAAAGCAUUGUUUCAUUGGAGAUUUUGGUGGAAAUAUUUCAUUUUUAAAAUUGAAUGAUUCAAAUUGUCAGCUAAUAACGACACUUUCAGGACACACUGGAAGUAUUCAAACAUUACUAUGGGAACCGGACGCUGAAUGGUUAUUUUCUGGUAGCUUCGAUAAUACAGUUAUUCUUUGGGAAAUUGGAACAAAUCAAGGUCGUGCUAUAGAACUGAAUGGUCAUGCCGAUAGAAUUGUAGGUUUAUCCUAUGAUAGUCCAGCUAAAAUUUUGCUAACAUGUUCUACCGAUGGAAAUAUUGGUAUAUGGCCAACGAAUAUUAAACGAAAUGAAACACCAAAAUGGCUUGAGAGCGAUAUAUGUCAGAUAUGCAAAUCACCGUUUUUUUGGAACGUAAAAGCUAUGUGGCAACAAAAACAAAUUGGAUUGAGACAGCAUCAUUGUCGUAAAUGUGGAAAAGCUAUUUGUGCUCCAUGUUCAAAAAAUCGUACAACAAUGCCAUUAUUGGGCUAUGAAAUAGCUCAACGAGUUUGUAGUGAGUGUGAGAAAACAAUGAAAAGCGAUGAAACGGUACCAUUAGCAUCAUUUCAUGAUGCAAAACAUGGUAUAAUAAAAACAGAUUAUGUAUCAAAAAAGAAAAUGUUUAUAACAGUGGGUACCGAUAGAACAAUCAAAAUUUGGGAUUUAUCGUCUGUGGUAUGA